AAGGAAAAAAAAGUUUUUUGAUAGCGGGCAGCGGCUAGAAACCUCCCCUUCUUUCUUGUGAGGAGCCAAGCUGUAAAUGGCCAUAAGGCCCUCUAAUUUCACAACAAUCUCUCUUCGCCGCCACCGCCAACGCCACCGUCUCCAACUCUCUCUCCUCUUCUUCCCUUUGCCUUCCUCAUCCUUAUCUCCCCUUUCCUUCCUCCGUGGAAUCGCCUCAAAAACCUUUUCCUCUCCCUUAUCUCAACAACAACAACAACAACAGAAAAAAGGCUUUUGGUUAAAGGAGCUAAAAGAAGCCGAAACCCUGGCUCAAAAGAUAGGAAAAUCUAUUAGGCGCCCUGGCGCUCCUUCUAAGUCUAGGGUUUACGACGAUAUCAACGUUAUUCGUCCUAAAGAAUAUUGGGAGUACGAGUCCCUCACUGUCCAAUGGGGCAGGGAACAGGAUGAUUACGAGGUGGUAAGGAAAGUUGGGAGAGGGAAGUACAGUGAGGUUUUCGAGGGGGUUCAUUGUACUGAUAAUGAGAAAUGUAUUAUCAAGAUUCUCAAACCGGUCAAGAAGAAGAAGAUUAAGAGGGAGAUUAAAAUACUGCAGAAUCUUUGUGGAGGGCCGAAUAUUGUGAAGUUGCUGGAUAUAGUUAGGGAUCAGCAAUCGAAGACUCCAAGUCUUAUAUUUGAAUAUGUGAAUAAUACGGAUUUUAAAGUGCUUUAUCCGACUCUGUCUGAUUAUGAUAUUCGAUAUUAUAUCUAUGAACUUCUGAAGGCAUUGGAAUACUGCCACUCACAAGGUAUCAUGCAUCGAGAUGUGAAGCCACAUAAUGUAAUGAUUGAUCAUGAGCAGAAGAAACUUCGUCUUAUUGAUUGGGGCCUUGCAGAGUUUUAUCAUCCAGAGAAAGAAUACAAUGUUCGUGUUGCUUCAAGAUAUUUUAAAGGUCCUGAGCUUCUUGUCGAUUUGCAAGACUAUGAUUAUUCUUUAGACCUGUGGAGCCUUGGUUGUAUGUUUGCUGGAAUGAUAUUCAGAAAGGAGCCAUUCUUCUAUGGGCAUGAUAAUUAUGAUCAACUGGUCAAGAUAGCCAAGGUUCUUGGGACAGAUGAAUUAAAUGCUUGUCUGAACAAGUACCGCAUAGAAUUGGAUCCACAUCUUGCGGCCCUUGUUGGGAGGCAUAGUCGCAAACCUUGGACAAAGUUCAUUAAUGUUGAGAAUCAACAUCUGGCAGUACCUGAGGCCGUCGACUUCCUUGAUAAGUUGCUAAGAUAUGAUCAUCAAGAAAGGCCAACUGCAAAAGAAGCAAUGGCGCAUCCUUAUUUUUCUUCAAUUAGAAACGCAGAAAGCAGCAGAACUCGUACCUAGCGUAUGCCAAAUUCAUGUACCGUCAAGACAUGGGCGUCUUCAUCGUCAUUGUGCUUGGUUGGGUGGAGAGUCCAGCCUAUGUAGUCUGACCGAAGAUUAUUUGUAUGAGACGUGGUUUAGCUUGCAGUUAAGAAGUCAUUCAUUGUUUCUCUGAUUUUUCUGUCUACCCGAAGGGAAAUUUUAGUUUAUUCUGACUUUCACAUUUUUCCUAAUAUUGGCUGAUAAUCGUGUGUUCUUCACAUGAGAACAAUUCCUAAGGCGUAUCAUGCUUUUAUUUGUUUA